AGAUCAGAUCAAUGGUAACCUGGGUUUAUCUUCAUCUUCUUUCCUUCUCUUUUGCCCUUUCUUUUCCCAUCUCUACCUCUUUCACUUCCUCUCAUAUCCCUAGAUCUAAGCCUUUUCACACUAAAACCCAAAUGGAAGUGCUGGGUUCCAUCAAGAUUGCUGACAGCGAUGGCAACAACGGAGAGGGAUUUGGACUUGCCAUCGUGCGAGUAGAAGAAAAGGUAUCAGGAGGAGAUGGAGGGGAUGGGAGGGGAGGAGGUGCCUUCUCUGUGCAGAAGCUGAGGGGAGCUGAGGAAUAGCUAGGGUUUCUGUUUUGAAGCCAUUGAUGAAGGUGAAGUCUCUGCACGCUUGCAAUUGUGUUGAUUUCUUGCCUUUUUUUUCUUUUCUUUUUUUGUUUAUGAUUUAGUUUCCAUUUUGGAUCAAAGUUAUUCGAACCGACAAUCUUCA